GACGCUCGUUUUACGAGUGCAAUCGACGAUGUUUUCAUUCAAAAUAACGAUAUAAUUCCAAUGACUGACAAUUCAAACAUAAAAAAUACAGAAAGUGAUAACGGAAGUGAAAUAGUAAAAGGUGAUCCGAAUAUGUGCCGUGUUUCAAAUUAUGCUAAGAAAAUGAAUAAUAACUCCAAUGAAAAUGUUAGCGAAGCGGAUAACGACAAUAAAAAGGAAAAUCGGAAUGAAAUUCAACGAGAUGAACAUGACAUAAUAUUCGAUAACAGAGCUACUGGAGAAGUUGAAAAGGAUGCGCGUGAUGCAAGCAAAGUUGGCAUUAAUAUUAAACACGAUAACUAUAAAGAAUUUGAUGAUGUAAUAAUACAUAACCAAAGCGAAAGCGGCAAAAAAGACAACGCACCAUCUAAAAAGACAUAUCAAGAUUCUGCGGAGGCGCUGGAACACGCCUUGGUGCAGCUGGGCCACUUCGGCCUCUACCAGCGGUUUGCACUAUUUCUUCUAUGCAUCCCAAACCUGUUUUCCGCCAUGUACUCGCUUAAUUAUGUAUUCGUAGCUGAUCAAGUUCCUUUUCGAUGCCUUAUAAAGGAGUGCGAAGGUCAAGGAAGUUACUUCGACAACAACACAAUUCAGGAACUACUCCCGGAUGACUCGUGUCGCCGUUACGAGCCGGUGGCAAUUGAUCAGCUCAGCUGCGCGCGAGAAGACUACCUGAACACGACCGUGCCGUGCAAGUCGUUCCUGUACGAGAACAUGGACACUAUCUAUGCUGAGUUCGGUUUGGCGUGCAAUGAAUGGCAGCGGACGCUGGUAGGCACGGUGCGGAACGCUGCUCUGCCGUUUUCGUUAAUUCUUACUGGAUACAUAUCGGACGGUUGGGGUCGACGAACUGCUUUUUGCAUCUUUUCCGGGUUUGCUGGCGCACUCGGAAUCAUCAAGUCAUUUGCGCCAAAUUAUCAGUUAUACCUCACUAUGGAAUUCUUCGAGGCCGCUCUCGGCUAUGGAUUUAACAGCGCCGCUUACGUCAUGAUGGUAGAGCUCGCGCGGCCUUCUUUGCGCGCGACAUUUGCGUGUGCGACCGGUGUCGGUUACGGGCUCGGAGGCGUCUUGUUCGCAUUCAUUGCAAGCCGCGUCCCUCAUUGGCGCGAUCUACUUCGUACUAUCCACGCACCCGCAUUGCUUUUACCAAUGUAUUGGCUUUUAUUGGACGAGAGUACGCGCUGGCUGCACGCCACGCGGCGGACAGAACGCGCUAUCGCUGCUAUCCGUAAAGUAGCACGAUGGAAUAAAAUUACUUUGGAUGAAGAUCUUUUGACGGCCGCAGGGAAAACAAACGAAGUGGAAGGAAAAUCUAAAGGGAACCCGUGGUUGAGCUUAAUAAAGUCACGUGUGCUGAUGCUACGAUUCGCAGCGUGUUCAUGGUGCUGGGUGUCCGCCGCCUUCGUGUACUAUGGACUUACCAUAAGCUCAGUGUCCCUGUCUGGAGAUAAAUACACCAACUUCGCACUUACCAUGGCAAUGGAGAUCGUCGCGUCGCUACUUAUCAUGAUGGCUCUGGAACGGUUUGGGCGCAAACGAAGUAUAUUCGUGGCGUUUUUGCUGUGUGGGAUAUCUUGUGUAACUCCAUAUUUUACUUCACAUGCCGGCACAGGACUGGGCCUGUUCUUUGUGGGCAAACUGGCGAUAACCUUUGCCUUCAACUCUCUGUACGUGUUCACAACGGAGUUGUUUCCGACGGGUGUGCGCUCCUCUGCUCUCGCCGCCGUCUCGCUCGUCGGUCGCCUCGGAUCCAUUCUCGCGCCGCAAACGCCUUUACUCAGUGUUCCCGUACAAGCAAUGUUAUACGGCGCAUGCUCGGGGUCGGCGGCGGUGCUGGUUCUGUGCAUUCCGGAGACGCGCCGCGUGCCGCUUCCGCAGCAUGUCAACAAUGCAGAGAAAUUGCGCGCCCCCGAACUGAGUCUCGUAAUACCCACUUCUACGCACCUCUGAAUACGGGUCGAGACGGUACGAACUGAUAACGCGAGUAAAGACGAUGAUUCACAAGAAAUUUUCGCGACUUUGGCUGUGCACCUAACUGUAGACUGACUAUUGUAAUGAGAUUUUUGUGAACGCGUAUUUUUAAUUUGUAUUACUGUGACUGAAACUUUAUUAAUAGAGUGUCGAUAAGCGAAACAUUAUGUAAAGAAACAAGAUCUUGGAAAACUUUGUAAUAUUUUAUCUUCGACAACGAUAAUGAUAAUCUUGUUCUAUUUUAAUACUUAUCUUGAUAAAAACUCUCGCAACGGUUCAGCGAGUAUAUUAGUGCUGUAUUAGACAGAUUUUCCUUAUUGUUUCAUCGGCAAAGGUAAUUGUUAUUUUCCAAAAACCCUUUUUAGUAAUGAUAUAAAUCACUGAAUUCACUUGGUGGUAGGGCUGUGUGCAAGCCCGUCUAGGUAGGUACCACCCACUCAUCAGAUAUUCUACCGCCAAAUAACAGUACUCUAUAUUGAUAUAUGUUAUACUCUAUAUUGGUGACCACUCACCAUGAGGUGGCCCAUAUGCUCGUCCGUCAACCAAUGACAUAAAAAAAAAUCAGUAUCACAUGGUACAGUAUACAGUGCUUGUGCGAACAACGCCCUCAUGGAGACGAGUUUAAAUAAUCUGUUCGGGUUCGGUCAGUAUAAUUAAAUGUCUCGAAGCUUUUCGAUAGAGUCCUGAAGCAGAGUUUGUUGCACGACGAGUCAAAACAACACAUUAGUCUUUUCCAAUAACGUAUAUAGUAUUUGUAUACAUAUGUACUUUCUUUUAAAUAUAUUGGCAGGCCCGUCUAAGUACCGCCUGGGAACAACUCAUUCAACUAAAUACAAAUACUCCGCGACCAAAUAUCAAUACGUUGCAUUGCUGCGUUCAAGUGCGUUCAAUGCGGAUUCGAGUGUUUCUUAGGAACGUAAAACGUUAUAAGAUCAAAAUGGCGGGCAAGAAAUAAAAUCUAUUUAUUAUUUUUCAAAUAAGUGUCAAGCGACCGUCGCAAAUGACUCGGCGUCGAUGGUUCCCACUUACAAUCAGGGUGCUUGCAUACCGUCCCAAAAUAACAAACUCUUAAGGAAUUAAAUGUACUUAUUAAGAAUAGAGCUGUGAUAAUAAAAGUUACUAGUUUUAGGCGGCUAACGUUGUGUGUAAAUAUGGUUAAAGGGUCCGUUUCGUUGACGUGCUCUUCCGCUCUUCGCUCUCUUUACAAUUCUGCAAACCAAAACUAGAAAACAUCAAACACAAUAUCUGAUGACAAACGUCAUGUAAAAAUAUAUGUUACGCGGAGGAAGAUGUACUUGUACCCUUGCAUUUUCACACGUCUUCACUUGGGACUGGAAACUAAAGAUGAUACCAAACGAUG